AGUUUGCAGGCUUGCAUAGAUUUAAAUUAACGACAGAGGAUUGCCUAGAAAAUAGCGUCAGAGAAACGUGUUGAACGCGAUUUUGAGGAAGAAAGAAAGUGUCUAUGUGGUGGGGGAUGUUUGGUAGUUUAGUUGACGAAGUGCCCUGCCAUUUUGUUUAGUUUGACAGUCUGUAAGUUCGAGUGAGGAGAGGAAUAAUAAGAAGAGAAAGUUAGCCAUAGAUUUUUGCGUUUUUUGUCAUCAUCUUGUUUCGUUUUCGUUGUGAGUCCAGGCGUAUCCAAAAGCUGUUGUUGGUGCCUGCGUUCGUUCGAGCUAAGUUUGAUGCGCGAUUAAAAGACAUCAGUGUUUGUGUGUAUUUCAUUUGAAGGCGACCCGUGUGAAAGGUACCGGCGUCAUAAUGUCGGAAGAAAGUUGCCCAAAGACACUGUACGUGGGUAAUUUGGAUCCGAGUGUGUCCGAGGAUCUGCUGUGCACGCUCUUCGCUCAGAUAGGACCAGUGAAAGGGUGCAAAAUAAUUAGAGAGCCUGGAAAUGAUCCAUAUGCAUUUGUGGAAUUCACAAAUCACCAAUCUGCAUCCACUGCAUUAGCAGCAAUGAACAAGAGGCUGUUUCUGAACAAGGAAAUGAAAGUUAAUUGGGCCACAAGUCCAGGCAAUCAGCCCAAAACUGAUACUUCGAAUCACCACCACAUAUUUGUUGGGGACUUAUCCCCAGAAAUUGAGACUGACACAUUGAGAGAGGCCUUUGCUCCAUUUGGAGAGAUUUCUAACUGCAGGAUAGUUAGAGACCCUCAGACGCUGAAGUCUAAGGGGUACGCAUUUGUUUCCUUUGUGAAGAAAGCAGAAGCAGAGAAUGCGAUACAGGCAAUGAAUGGCCAGUGGCUUGGAUCUCGUUCCAUUCGUACUAACUGGUCAACUCGCAAACCACCUCCACCUCGUACAGAUAAACCUGCUCAGAGAGCCAAACAACCCACAUUUGAGGAAGUAUACAAUCAAACUUCACCUACAAACAGCACAGUCUAUUGUGGUGGCUUCACAAAUGGCAUAAAUGAGGAGCUGAUGCAGAGCACGUUCUCUCAGUUUGGUGUCAUUUUAGAUAUUAGGGUCUUCAAAGAUAAAGGUUAUGCUUUUAUAAGGUUUGCCACAAAGGAGUCUGCCACACAUGCAAUUGAGAACAUCCACAACACAGAGAUCAAUGGUCAGGUGGUGAAAUGCUUCUGGGGCAAAGAAAAUGGUGGUCCGGGAGGAGAAGCUGCUGCAACACCAGCUGUGAACAAUGCCCAGGGCCAAUCUUAUUCGUAUGGCUAUGGACAAUACUGGUAUCCACAGGGGUACACUACACAGGGUGGUUACAUGCAAGGUUACUACCAAUAUCCAUACACAGCAGCACCAGGACAGCAGUACUGUGUAAUGCCACAACAAGGCCAGUGGUCUGGACAAGGUGCACAACCUCCAAGCACACAAGUGAUGUACACACCUAUGCAAAAAUAUCCAACACAGUGAAUUAAUUAUUGUAAAAUAUAAUAUUAAUAAAAACACACUUGCUGCAAACUAUGAUUUUACAAGAUAUUUUACUUUUU